AUGCCCUAUUACCAGGCCAGUGUGUUUCAGUCGAACCAGCUCGAGCAUGGUACCCGGUUCCAUUUCAGGGACCCCCACGACAGCCAGCCAGGUUGGAUUUGGGGUACUAUAGCUCUCCCUGAUACUAUGGACCUUGCAACCAAUGACAAGGACAUUAUCAUGCAUAUAUGGGAGAGCAUCGAAGCUGGCCUUGUUAACUGGGGCAAUAGUGCAAUGCACGGCCUGGGGAUCAGACACCCCCGGCAAGGUCUUGAUUUGUUGAUGCUUCAGAUUCAGUCCGUUGCACUAUGGUAUGCGGAAUACAUCAUCAUGGGCAGUAUUACUAUUGACAAAGGCAUGCUUUUCAUGUUCUGCGAGGGACCCCCAGAGCGUGAGGAUCAGCUCUUGAUUGAGCCUCUGCACUGGGGUAAGCCGGAGUAUGCGGUUGCGAAUCCGUGGUGUACGACUACUGAGCUACAGGAUUAG